AUGAUGUCCAAAAAUGGUCCGCCAGUUGCGGACGAGACGUGGGCUGUGAAAGUUCAGUCGCACCGCGCCUCCCUGCGGGAGCUAUAUGCAAGCGUCCAGCGGUUACGUUCGACGUUGCAACCGGCCAUGGCAGUACUUGGUGACACCUCCGUGGCCUUAAAAGGUGCUGCGGAAGCAGUGGAGAAGUGGUCCUCGACAAGGACGAUGGAGGGUGACUUGCUGCAGGAAGCUGCAGCACAGCUCGCGGGAAUUCGCGACGCGCAAGUGAGGCUGAAGAAGGCCUUGCAAGCGGAGUGCCCCAAAGGUGGGAAGGAUUCUGCGAGCGUCGGCGCUGCGCCGAAGCCGAUCCGGACGAACUGCGGCGGACGGACGGCCGUGGACUUCUCCCUCUUCACCCGCGCCCGCUGGGAGGCAGAGCGCCGAAAGGGCGCAUCUAUGCUUGCCGGUGGCGAGGGCGAUAGCGUCAAAGUCUUCACGCAGGAGAUGCCCAAAGCCUUCCCGGAAGAGAAGGCUUGCACGCAGGUGAGGGGCCGGCACAUCUUGGUCAACAAUGUGGAGAAGGCCAAAAGAGUCUAUCUCGAGAUGGCUGUCACCGGCACAGCAGACCGUAACGGAUUCCUCCGGCAUGCUUCCGGAGCGAAGUUCGCCUCCUUGGCCUCCGAGCGCUCGGAGUGCCACAGCGCCAAGACGGGGGGUGAUCUGGGCUGGAUUGUCAAGGACCCUGCGCCUUCAAAGCUGCAGGAGGUGGCUUUUGCAACUCCGCGAAGCUCCUGCAGUCCACCCUUCAAAAGUGGCAAUGGCUUCCACAUCUUCUUCUGUGAGGAGCGCAGAUGA